AUGGCGGCGGGCGUGGGGAUGCGCGGCCUCGGCCGGUCUGGUGCUCUGAAAAGGAAGUUCCAGUCACCACAUGGAAACCCACCCGUGAAACGCAAACGUAAAUUGUCCAUAAACACCUUCAGGAAGGGUGCCACGGAGGCUGACACGAGGGAGGAGGGAAGCUCAUCACAAAAACCUGUUCCUAAGAAGCAGGACAAACAAAAUGAAGGCCAGAAGAGCAGACCUUUCAUUAAGACGUCCAGCUUGUUUAAAAACAACCCAGACAUCCCAGAAAUUCACAGGAAAGAAGUGCAGCAGGUGCAAGAAAAUGUUUUCACUACAGAUUCCUUCAGCCAGCUGGAUCUUCACCCACAUUUGAUUUCCACGAUAAAUACUGUCCUAAACAUAUGUAGCAUGACCAGUGUUCAGAAGCAAACAAUUCCUGUGCUCCUACAAGGCAGAGAUGCCCUGGUGAGAUCUCAGACUGGUUCAGGUAAAACUCUUGCCUAUGGAAUUCCACUUGUGCAGUCUUUGCAAGGGAUGCAAUGCAAAGUACAGCGCAGUGAUGGCCCCUACGCGCUCGUGCUCGUCCCAACCAGGGAGCUUGCACUCCAAAGUUUUGAUACAAUCCAGAAACUACUUAAGCCAUUUACCUGGAUUGUGCCUGGAGUGCUAAUGGGGGGAGAAAAGAGAAAAUCAGAAAAAGCCAGAUUACGGAAAGGGAUUAAUAUCCUCAUUUCCACUCCUGGCCGCCUGGUUGAUCACAUCAAGUCCACAGAAUGUAUUCAUUUCCGUCGCACUCAGUGGCUGAUCAUCGAUGAAGCAGACAGGAUCCUGGACCUGGGCUUUGAGAAGGAUGUGGCUGUGAUACUCAAUGCUUUAAAUGCUGAGAGAGAGACACGUCAGAAUGUGCUGCUCUCAGCCACCCUCACCGAAGGAGUGACACGCCUGGCCGAUAUCAGCUUGAAUGACCCCGUCAGCAUUUCCAUAGCAGAUGAAAUCCAGAAGCUGCCUGAACCAGCAUCACAAACAGAUAGGGAAGCCAGCAGUUCAUCAAGCUGCAUGGAGCAGGAAAACUUUGCUGUUCCGGAGACACUCCAGCAGUAUGUCAUGAUGGUCCCCAGCAAACUGAGGCUUGUCACGUUAGCAGCCUUUAUCCUGCAGAAAUGCAAGUUUGAAAAACGCCACAAGAUGAUCAUCUUUUUCUCCAGCUGUGAACAAGUGGAAUUCUACCACGAGCUCCUUGUAAAGGUUCUUUCAGGAGGGUCAGAGUCAGAACAACCUGGACGUUCAUCCCUCUCCUCUGUGAGCUUACAGUUUCUACGUCUGCACGGUGACAUGGAACAGGAAGAAAGGACAGAGGUCUUCCAGGAGUUCCUAAAAUCCAAGACUGGCAUCUUGCUUUGCACUGAUGUAGCAGCACGAGGGCUGGACCUGCCUCAAGUGACCUGGAUCGUACAGUACAACGCUCCGGCUUCACCUGCGGAAUACAUCCACCGGAUCGGGAGGACGGCGCGCAUCGGCUGCCGCGGGAGCAGCCUGCUCGUGCUGGCGCCUUCGGAGGCAGAAUAUGUCAGCUUGCUGGCUUCUCACAAGAUUAAUGUUUCAGAGCUGAAGAUGGAGAAGGUGUUAGCCAGCCUGAUGAAAGAUGAUCGCUUCAAACUGUACAGACCAGGAAGGAAGAAAUCCUGUGGCAAGAACCCUCAGGAAGUCCGGGAGAGGGCCACGGUCCUGCAGACAAAAUUUGAAAAUCACGUCCACUCCAGCGAGGGGACUGUCCAGUGGGCAAAGAAAGCACUGCAGUCUUUCCUUUGUGCCUAUACCACCUAUCCCAGGGAACUCAAGCACAUCUUCCACAUCAAAUCUCUCCACCUGGGUCACGUGGCCAAGAGCUUUGGGCUGAGAGAUGCCCCCCAGAACCUGACUGCUUUUCCAACUGCAGGCUCAAAGAGGAAAACCAAACCAACACCAAAAAGGUCUGACCUGCUGAAGAAGACCCAUGGCAAACACCGCCUUGCUGAGAUCCUGCGCUCUGAAUAUUCCAGUGGGAUGGACACUGCUGGAGCCAAGGUCAAGAAGAAGAAGAGAAAGCAGAGAAAAGCUGGCAACCAGCAGAUUCCAACAUAAGCCAGGUCCUUCCAGUCAUUGGCUGUAAAAGCUGCUUGAGUGCCUCAGCCGGGGGUCAGGGUGACCUGCCAAAUCAACUGAGGAGUGUUUCAAUUUAUCAGGCAAAUGUGGGAGGGAUCCUGGGGAUCUUGGCCUCCUCCCCUUCAUUCCAUAGGUCCAAGUGGAAUGGAAUCUAGGCGUGUCCUCAUGUACUGCUGCAAUUGAAUGUGGCUUCCUGAAGAUGUACUCUGUUCCUAAAGUGUAUUUUAGCAAGAAAAAUUAAAAAAGGUU